CGCGCUCCCCCGGGGCGGCUCGGCUGGGCCCGGCCCGGCCCUGCCCCGCGCCGCCGGCCGCAUGUGCUUAAAUAGCGGCGCCUGCCGCGCUGCCGCGUCCUUCCCGCCGCCGCCAGGGUGCGUGAGAAUCAUCCGUGGAGUAAGUGUCCUGUCUCGUCCCUGGAGAGCCCACCGCUCCCCACACUGCUUUCCCGCUGUGACCUCUACGCCAUCCCUGAGGGAGGAUGGAGUAUCACUGAAGGGGCUUCUGCAGUUAUUCUGGCAGGCAGUACUCUCGUGGCUGGUGCUGGCGUACAGCUGGGAAGGCACAGACUUGAGUUUGAAGGGAAAAUUCCAUUACAGCAAUAUGCCUGUGGAGAUACCAGAUCUAGUGGAAGUAUUUCAAGCACAUAGACAAUAAAAGAACAGAACCAAAAAUCAUCUCAGUACUUGCUUUUGCAGCAGCAUAGGACAGGAAGCUCAUUUAAAGAGAGAAACAGAAAGGUCUUUACUGACUGAGGAGAGAGAAGCCAGAUUUAUAUGCUUUGAGAAGGUCUACUGUAGUUUGCUGCCAUUUAAUGCUAACAACUCAUCUGCUUGAGGAGAUUCUGUUGUAAUGUAUCCAGUGGCUGUUCCUGCACCAGGAGGUGAAGGAAGUAAUGGACAACAUGGGAAACUUAUUUUUUUCCUUUUUGUUUUUGGAGCUGUGUUGCUCUGUGCUGGAUUCCUUCUUUCAGUCUUUAUUCUCCAGUCGUGUCCAUCUGGAAGCUUCAGUGACUGUAAUGAGGUCCUUAAGGCUGCUGGGCCAGUGCUGGCUGUAACUGGACUGGUUUGUGUUUUACUGGCACGAUCAAGGGCCAGGAUGUAUAUAAGACAAAGACAGUUGCAAAAUGAGCAGGUGUACAGUCUUGUUUUUUGUCAUGGGAACUGUCAGUUUGCCCAGUUUCUCAUAUUUGGAUUCCUGUUUUUAACUAGUGGAAUGCUAAUUAGCAUCCUGGGCAUUUGGGUUCCUGGUUGCAGCCCUGGCUGGCAUACGAUGCAGCUCAACCACACUGGCAAUUCUGAUGUGGACCUCCAGGGCUGUGGAUUCCUGUCACUUCAAAUCAUGGGACCUUUGAUUGUGCUCACUGGGUUGUGUUUCUUCGUGAUAGCUCAUGUUAAAAAGAAGCAAAACUUAAAUCUCAACCAAGAAUCCUGUGAAGGUGAAGAACAUCCUCAGAAUCACGAGUCUUUUCAGGUUACAGUAGGUGAUGCUGUGAUGGUAUUCCCACCCCCACCACCUCCUUAUUUUGCUGACCCUAUGUCACCAACUGUGACACACUGUCUUAUGUCAAGUGUUUUGCCUACAAGUGAAAAUCCUCCACCAUACCACUCUAUCUUCAGUGAUGGAGCACAGCUUGCUGAUGAUGAAGGAACAGUUGCUGUUAGAGACUAUGAAUCCAUAUAUACAAUUUCUGGAAGCAGCUCACCUUCAGAUAUUGUACCAAUGCUGUACCUUUCUUCUGAAUCACCACCAAAAUAUGAAGAAAAAGCAUCAGUAACAAAUAAUGAAUAUUCACCAUCUUCUUCCUCAUCUUUUUCAUCUAUUUCCUUAGCCACAUCUGACACCAGCUCGUAAAGGACGGACAGUUCACUUAAUUUUUAAUUAAAAUGUACACAUAUUCACAAUUUUUGAAUUUAUUUACAUUUUGUAAUAAAAGCAAUAAUGUUGGCUGUGUCUAAUUUUUCAUCAGGAAGAAUAAACAAUGAAUGUGAAUUUCAAAAAAUACUAGAUAAUGCUGGGCCUCUGCUAAAGUAGUCUGAAGGGAGUUCACUGCAAGAACAUUAAAUGCUCAUCUUGUUCUGUUACA